UCUGGGCAGAGAACAUUAGUGGAUAUUAGAACGAAAGAAAAAUCAGUGCUGCAAGGUCGUGCAGGCAGCCACCUUCCUCUCCACUGCCAAGCAGAGCGAAGCAGAGAGGGCAGGGACUUGCUGAAAGCUCGACACCAAAUCAGUUUCAGAUCCAGGACUGGGAAGUCCGAUCGAGUUUAAAACAAUGUAUACUGGGCGCAAGUCCCAAGGCGGGCUUGCUCCAGAUCUUGCAGCUGUUUUCCAGCGUUAGGCCCAUCUGGCCCUGCGCUGAUCUCGGGGCGGACUCUUUGUCGCGCAACUGGCACGAACCGUGACGACGGACGGCCCUGCAGCAAGGCGCGAGUGGCCUCUUUCUCUGCCAGGGUUCAGAAAGACCAGACCGAGACAGAACUAUCUCUGUUUCUGGCUCCACUGCCGGUGAAGGAGUUUUCAUUCAAGACUUUCUGAAAAGAGGUUGGAGAAGCCUAAAGAAUCAGAAGAGGUCUUUUGAGCCAGAUGGGGCAUUAAUUCUUCUGCUUUUCUCAGCAUGGAUAGAUCCUUUCCUCAAGGAUUUUCUGAUGUUCCCUAAGGUCUAUGUAAAUACAAGGGCUCUUUAUCACCGUAAGUGCCAUCCUGACCCAAAGCCACUCAGAACUCAAGAAUCAAGGCAAAAUGGAUGCUGCAGUGACAGAUGACUUCCAACAAAUCCUGCCUAUUGAACAGCUGCGCUCUACUCAUGCUAGCAAUGAUUAUGUGGACCGGCCUCCAGCCCCCUGUAAACAGGCCCUCUCCAGCCCUUCCCUGAUUGUGCAAACCCACAAAUCUGAUUGGUCCUUGGCUACCAUGCCUACUGCUCUCCCCCGCAGUCUCAGCCAGUGCCAUCAAUUGCAGCCCUUGCCUCAGCAUCUGAGCCAAUCUAGCAUUGCCAGCUCGAUGUCCCAUAGCACCACUGCCUCUGAUCAAAGGCUCCUGGCCAGCAUUACGCCCUCACCUUCAGGCCAGUCCAUCAUCCGAACCCAGCCUGGAACAGGGGCCCACCCGAAGGUUGAUGGUGCUCUGAAGGGAGAAGAUGAGCAAUCUGCAAUGCACCCCAGUGAGCACCUCUUUAUCUGUGAGGAGUGUGGGCGCUGCAAAUGUGUCCUCUGCACAGCAUCUCGCCCUCUCCCCUCCUGCUGGCUGUGCAACCAGCGUUGCCUUUGCUCUGCCGAGAGCCUCCUCGAUUAUGGCACUUGUCUCUGCUGUGUUAAGGGCCUCUUCUACCACUGCUCCACUGAUGAUGAAGACAACUGCGCUGAUGAGCCCUGCUCCUGUGGGCCUAGCUCCUGCUUUGUCCGCUGGGCAGCCAUGAGCCUCAUCUCCCUCUUCUUACCCUGCCUGUGCUGCUACCUGCCUACCCGUGGAUGCCUCCAUCUCUGCCAGCAGGGCUAUGAUAGCCUCCGGCGACCAGGCUGCCGCUGUAAGAGGCACACCAACACUGUGUGCAGAAAAAUCUCUUCUGGUAGUGCGCCCUUCCCCAAGGCCCAGGAGAAGUCUGUAUGACCUCCUCACCAAAUGGAUCCAGAGCUUUCUCCUUCUAGCCCCCAUCAGUAAUGCAAACGCCUCAUCUUUGAAGAGGGGAAGGAGGAGUAAAGUAGCCAAAGCUAGGGCCUCACCAAUUUUGUUCCUGCAGUGUCAGGGGAAUGGCCAAGUACAUCCUGGUGCAGGAUGCCUUGUUCUUUCUCAAAGUAUCUACCCCACCCCUCUCCAACCUUUUCGCACCCCACCAUCUCAGCCCUUAUGGCUGUCAUGACAAAUUCAGGUGAUAUAUCGGCGUGAGAUUUGAACACUGAGGACUGGCAGAGCCAGCAACGUGGAGGUUUAGGGGCUCCCCAAUGCAAAGCCUCUCGAUGCAGGCUCUGAGCGUCACUCUGCUUUCCACUGUGCCUUUGAAAGCUUUCUUCUAGAUGGUUUUCACAGGCCCAUGUGGAACAACAUUCACUAUUCCAGGGAAUCUCACCCUUUCUCCCUGUUGAGUGCCCUUCUCUUCUUUAGUCUUCUUUUUUCUCCUCUCUCCUCUUCUUUCAUCACUGUUCUGGACUCCUUCCCCUUUCAUUCUCACCCACUCUGCUUUCCCUCCUUUCCUUCUCUCUCCCUCCCUUUUUUUUACUCCUCCCUUCCCUCUCUCUCUCUCAGUCGAAUCCUUUUUCUGCUUGUAUUUCUGUCUUGUUUGAUCUGUCUUUGCUCUCUCUACCUGUCCCUCUUUCUCUAACACGUCCCAAAGUGCUGUUUUUCCGUAGGUGUUUCCUUUGACGCCAAACUUUGCUAUGCUAUACUAUUUACUAAUUUUCAUUAAGGGAAAUGGAUUACUGUAACGGACUGAUCACUAGCAAUAGUCUAUAUCCUGACGUGUGUGUGCACUCAUAACCACACUUAACUGGUUUGUGAGCAUAUGAAGCAAAAGUAUCUUACAUUUCCAGGUUUAAUUGGUUGGAGUUUUACUCCCUUUCCCAAUAAUGAACUUAUAGUACUGACAGAUUCCACUAGCAUGCUGAGUAGGAUAGUAAAUCAGGAUGCUCAUAACUUUGUAUGUCUGACCCAAGUGCCAAAGGCAGACGUGCUUUAUAGCUAAAUGAACAAAGCAAAGGAUAUCAAAGAGGUCUGUUCUCUCUUAGAAGCUAACUGCCCUGAGACUGCAUGGCUCAGGCCUUAAUAAUGGACAUCAAAAGUCAUAAAACUGUAGAGCUGGAAGGAAUCUUAACAGUUAAUCUAGUUUAAUGCCCUUAUUUUACAGAUGGGAAAACUGAGACCUGGAGAUAGGAAGGGAAUUUGCUCAAGGCCACACACUGAGUUAAUAGCAGAGUUGGGACUGGAAUGCAGGCCUUCUGACUCCUAGUUCCAUUUUCUCUACCCUGUUCCAUGUUAAGUCAUGGGACUUUUCUCUGAGGGCUCUAUUAACAAUGACAGAAAGCCAUUCCCAUUCAACUUUCAGGAACCAUGGCAAGUUAGUGUGGUGAUCUUUAUACAGUGCAAGGUGGGUAGCUAAUUAACUACCAGGUGUUGGGGCUGCCCCCAGUGGACAUCACCUUUGGCUCUGUCACCUUGUAGAAGCUUGUGUGGAAAAGAAAAGAACAUUUAAGGAAGCCCUAACCAAGCUGUAUCUUUGCCAUCGCGCCUCCUUUUGCUGCACACACUGUGCUUGCUCCUGACUUUACAAUGACAGUUGCCUGAGAACCUAAAUUUCAGCAACAGUGGAAAACUGAGACAAAAAAGGUGUAUGAUACAGAGAACUGACUUCUCUUUUUCAAAGUGCCGAGAGCCUGUGCUGUGAAUACCUUUGGAUAGAAAAUGGCUGCGGUGGUGAUGGCAGGCUCCGAAAGACUGAUGCUAAAAGACGCAAGAACUAGAUGCAGUUUCCCUCUGUAAGUGAUUCCAACACUACAGAAUUCAGAGAUUGAGGGCACUUGCUUGAAAUGAAGGUGCUCCAACUUAGUUUAAGACUUCCAGACUCUAACUUUAUAUAUCAUCUCUUUGAAAGUGUGCAUGGAUGUGUAUCGCAGGGUGGAGAGGUAGGGAGAGAUGUAUAGUCAUAAAACACAGGGGGACGAAAAAGAAGGGAACAUCUAUGUCCCCCUGUUGGAUGUGUACUAUAGAAAUAUGUGCCACUCAGUCAUUGUUGGUUCUGAAUCUUCCUGAAGUGUACUGACAUUUGGGUUGCGCACAGCUCCACGCCUUCAUGUUCACCUCCUCUUCUAGAAUUGCUUUGCUCUAUUUUUGUAUAUAUAAAUAUGUUAUGAUGAUUAUUAAUAAUGUUAAUGAUAUUGCUGCAAAUGGUGCCAUAUAUAAGGUUUGGCUUCUUGGAAAAUUUAUAAACCCAAACCAAUACCUGUAACCUCUUAUGUUGCUUUCAGAUCCUUUAAUUUUUAAGUACUUUUUUGUUAAUCUUAUAAAUUUGCCUGAUUGAACUUUGAACUUAUAUACCCUUUAAAAGCUGUGCCCAGUUCUCUGGGUCAAGCUGGAUGGUGAUGAGUAGCAACACACACUUCUCUCCGCUUCUGCCUGAUAUUUGCUUAGUGCUGAGAUAUAUAAGGAUUCUAUGACACUAGUGCUUUGUUCCUGGAGCUAAUGUUAUUCUAUGGAUGUUUGCUUAUUAGUUUCAGGGCCCAAAGCAAUGCAAGUCCCUCCUCCUUGAUAGCUCCUUGAUAACCCAAUCCUGCAGUCCUUACUCAGGCAAAUUGUGCACUGCCAGAGGGGCCCUGGGCUCUGCCAUAUACCCAGACGAGCUCUUCUCAGUGUGUUUCUAAAUGGCCUUACACUUGGUAGAAGAAACUGAAGGGUUACUCAAAUGCAGUUGCAAUCUGCAAUCUGCUGCUGAGUCAGGGCUUUCACUUGUGUCCAAGUUGGCCUGAUGUGGACUGCAUCUGGUUUACGUAUAGAUGGGUCCUGUUGGGGUACGCGCACGGACGUGUGAGUGAGUGUGCAUAUGUAUCCCUUCUGUGAUUAUAUAUAUAUAUAUAUAUAUAUAUAUAUAUAUAUAUAUAUAACCUUUGUAAAUAUAUAUAUUCACACAUCUCUAUAUAUUUUAAUGUAUUGCACAUGUAUAUUUAAAAUAUAUACGAAAGAACUCUAAAUCCUGCAGAGAGGCUCUGUUUUCAUUAUUUUUCGACUUUGUGUCAUGUACUGUAUAAACAAGAAUAUUUAGAGGGUGUUUCCUGCUUAGCAUUUUUUUGUAGUUAAGUCAUCUGUUACCCCCUAACUCUACUGCUUUCUACAUAUUGGUCCCUUGAUACAUUUCAUAUGGCUUUAGCCAAGAGUUUUUCUUUGGUUCCAGCCCAUCUUCCUUCAUCACAAUAGCUAUAAUAAAUAUAGUGAACACGUACAUAGUGCUUACUAUGUGCUAAGCAUGAUCUUAAGCACAUUACCAAUAUUAGCUAAUUUAAUGCUCACAAUAAUUCUAUGAUGUAGAUACUGUUAUGAUAGCCAUUUUACAGAUGAGAAAACUGGAACACAAGAGAAGCUAAGUGACUUACAAAAGGUAACAAAGCUUGUACAUGGUUGAGCUAAGAUUUGAACCUAUGCUGUCUGACUCCUAGGAGUCUGGAGCAUGAUGUAAACUCUGCUGGUAUAACAAGCCUCCAAUGGUGAAUAGUCAUUUCCCUAACUCCAGUCCAUCUCCAACCUAAGAGCUGAAACAAAUGUGCUCCUAUGUUAAGAGUGAAGCAAUAGUUAUGGACAUCAUAUCUUAGCUGUCUUGCUUCCCGAUGUGGUGACAUUACAAAAUUUUUCACUACUCCCUUUGAAAAUAUUCUUUCAGUCAGUUGCCAUUUCUCAGACAGCUUAUGUUGUAGAGCUAGUAGAGAAGUAUUUUCACUUGUGACAGAGAGGGUAAUAGUUUAGUUGGCCUUCUCUUUAUAGACCCAGGAAACCUAAUGGUAUUUUUCUGCAGAAAGUAGAACUAAAACUAUUUUUUGAAACUUGAGUUUGGUUGGAGCUAUUAACAUUGAGUGCAUUUUUCUCAUUCAAAUGUAAGCAAUCCACUGAUGACCAUUGGGCAGUAUAAUACCCUACCUUUCCCAUCCCUCACACUGACAAUCUUCUAGUCUGACAUUAUUUCAGAGCCAGUAGAUGUAAAAACAUCUGCUUCAACAUCAACAUUUUAUAGUUGGAGAAAAAGAUGCACAGAAAGGAAAACAACCUGUCCAGAGUCAUGUAGUUCUGAGUUUGGGUGGAGUUAUGACUUAAUUCCAUAUCCAGAUGUCUUUGUCUGAGUUUCUUAGAGUUUAGAGCAAAAGCUUUCAUGCAAUACCCAGGGAAGUAGGAGUAGGGAGAAAUAGUAGUGAGGUAGGGAAGGAAAGAGGACAAACUUAAAGGAGUGUAUUACUAUGUUGGCCACAAUCUGUUUCAUGAUAAGCUAAUUUCUCAAGCUCAUGUGACAGGCCUACUACAUCUCCACAGCCCAUCUGAGGAAGGAAAGAAGAAGAAUUUAUCUCAUAUCUCCCAUUCCAUUACUCAAAUACUUCCCACGUGGGAUAUCAUUUCCCCUUUACUUCUGGGUAGCGCAUGUGUGGGUGCCCAAGCAUUUACCAUGGCUUCUCCUGCCUCAGGAGCAAUGGGAUAGCACUGUGGCUCCACUACCGACAGCAAGGCAAGUGUGUGGAUAGAGGGAGACACAUGAACUUAAAGUGCACACUAGGCUGGUGCUUUCUCCUUAUGUCUUUGAUCACAUUCAUUCAAAAUGACUUAGAGAUAACCUACUAUAUCUUUAAAGAACAUAAGGCUUUAUUGUGGUGCUCAGAAAUGUACUAAAUUUGCCUUUCUGAAUAUAUGUGUUCUCUGACAUGCUUUGAAGGGCUUCCUUCUACAUGGAAAUUAAGUUCUAGUACAACUAGAGGAGUAAAAAGGUCUCCAGAUAGCCUUCUUAGUAUAAAAAGAAACUUUAUUGUACUGAGCUCUUCAAAAAGCAUGUCUAAGCCAAUGCAUGUACAGUACAGCAAUUCACAUAUGUUCAUUUAGGCUCCAUCAGCACAAUAACAGAAAAACUGGUCAAGUUAAUAAAUUCAGGAAAAAAUGGUUAAACAAGUUAUUUUGUAACAUGGAAAUAAAAUACUAUGUUGGUUGACUGAAUUUUUUAUAUUUCAACUAAUUGUGAUGGUACCCUAUAGACACAAUCUUUUUUCUCUCACAUCUGGAUGAUGGGAGGGUGUACCAAGUUCCUACUAUUUUAACUACUGGGAGGUUUAUAAAAUUCAAAGAAACUUAGAAGUAGAUCAUGGGGUUUGUUGCUAUCAGACCAAACACUAAUUUUACAGAUCAAUCCAUUUCCUCAGCCUUCACUGUUCACAUUUCAUGUUUCUCCUCUCAGCCUCAUCUAAUUCUUAACCUGCACUCUCAGAAUAUUACAUUUAGACAAGCCCUCUGACAACAUCCAGUCGAGUCUUCCCACUUAUACAGGUGAAAAAACUGAAGUUCAGCGAGGGCAGGGCUUAGGCUAUUAGUGCUACCGAUAGGAACCCGGCCUGGAGCACGUCUGCCUCCGGCUGGCCUGUAGUGUGUGGAUUCUUGACUUGGUGCAGGAAAAAAUUCACAACACGGGUGAUUUUGAGAGUACAUUUAUUAAAGCUAGGGACAGUGAAACAAGGAAGGGCCUAGGAUAGAAGAAGCAAGAGGAGAGAGACUAGGUGGGCCUGCUCUGGUUCCCUAAAAAUGUUAUAGGAAAGAAGUGAUCCUAGGCUGGGCUGCUUUGGCUCACUGAGAAGUCUGAGAAAAGGAGGUCUUCAGGACAGGUUCAGGGGGUUAGCCUGGGAUGAGUGCCCUCUGCCCACUGCUCCCUUAGUUGCAAGUCUGUGGGGACUCUUAGAGUU